ACACUACAAGUUAAUAUGAGAAUAAUGAGAAAACCACUUUCCCAAAUUGCUUUUUAAAAUCCCUCCUCACACAGAUUCCUUCCUUCAUCACCUCACACACUCUCUACGCUUGACAUGGCCUUCGAUCUCCACCAUGGCUCAGCUUCAGAUACGCAUUCAUCAGAACUUCCGUCGUUUUCUCUCCCACCUUAUCCUCAGAUGAUAAUGGAAGCGAUUGAGUCCUUGAACGAUAAGAACGGCUGCAACAAAACGACGAUUGCUAAGCACAUCGAGUCGACUCAACAAACUCUACCGCCGUCACACAUGACGCUGCUCAGCUACCAUCUCAACCAGAUGAAGAAAACCGGUCAGCUAAUCAUGGUGAAGAACAAUUAUAUGAAACCAGAUCCAGAUGCUCCUCCUAAGCGUGGUCGUGGCCGUCCUCCGAAGCAGAAGACUCAGGCCGAAUCUGACGCCGCUGCUGCUGCUGUUGUUGCUGCCACCGUCGUCUCUACAGAUCCGCCUAGAUCUCGUGGCCGUCCACCGAAGCCGAAAGAUCCAUCGGAGCCUCCCCAGGAGAAGGUCAUUACCGGAUCUGGAAGGCCACGAGGACGACCACCGAAGAGACCGAGAACAGAUUCGGAGACGGUUGCUGCGCCGGAACCGGCAGCUCAGGCGACAGGUGAGCGUAGGGGACGUGGGAGACCUCCGAAGGUGAAGCCGACGGUGGUUGCUCCGGUUGGGUGCUGAAUUAAUCGGUACUUAUGCAAUUUCGGAAUCUUUAGUUACUGAAAAAUGGAAUCUCUUAGAGAGUAAGAGAGUGCUUUAAUUUAGCUUAAUUAGAUUUAUUUGGAUUUCUUUCAGUAUUUGGAUUGUAAACUUUAGAAUUUGUGUGUGUGUUGUUGCUUAGUCCUGAGAUAAGAUAUAACAUUAGCGACUGUGUAUUAUUAUUAUUACUGCAUUGUGUUAUGUGAAACUUUGUUCUCUUGUUGAACAAUUAUUGCUGCUUUGAUUUCAUUUUCACACUUAAUAAUGAGGGGAAAACUAUGUAAUUGGUAAUGCUAAACAUUCAUUAUUGUCACUAAUUUAAUUAUGCUACAGUUAGCAGAAGAAAGAAUCACUGUGGAAUCAGCGCGGGAGUUGAAAAUUUCAAAGGGAAUUCAAUUAGAAAAAUCUGUGAAGCGAAUGUGUGUAAUCAUUAUCAAUAGGGAUUGAAAUAGAAACUGUGAACAGAGUAUGGAAGCUUUUUGGCAUCCCCGUGAACAAAAAGGACAAAACCUUGUUUUCGUAAAGAUUUUA